GCGCAUUUUAGCACAGAUCCCAACCUUCGUCCUUCGGGAAGAUUAGAACUCAGGACUCAGAAGUCCGCCAUUUCCCAAUUCAGAGGUCUGAAGUUUCUUGGCGCUCGCUUCGACGAAGGCGAUAGUAUCAUUUUCCUCAGGAAGGAGAUAUUCUGCGGUUUCCUGUCCGCCGGAAAAGCCUCAGUUAUGGCGAGUUCGCUGCGGCUGUAUUUGACGUGCAUAAGGAACACCCUAGAGGCGGCCAUGUGCCUACAGAAUUUCCCCUGUCAAGAAGUUGAGAGGCAUAACAAGCCAGAGGUUGAACUAAAGACAAGCUCUGAACUUCUGCUGAAUCCUGUAAGGUUCUUGCUCUCACUAUGUGCAAUGGUGGCAUGAGAAAUUACAUCUCCCUCUAUAUUGGGUUUAUGUGAUGAAUGUGUUGUUUACUAUUGCAGGUUUUGAUAUGUCGAAAUGAGGCUGAACGAUGCUUAAUAGAAACAUCGAUCAAUUCAUUACGACUCAGCCUUAAGGUGAAGCAGGCAGAUGAACUUGAGAACAUACUGACGAAAAAGUUCCUUCGGUUUUUGUCAAUAAGGGCAGAAGCAUUUCAAGUGCUAAGGCGAAAGCCGAUACAGGGUUAUGAUAUUAGCUUUCUUGUCACAAACUACAACUGCGAGGAAAUGCAGAAGCAAAAGCUCAUAGAUUUCAUCGUGCAAUUCAUGGAGGAUAUCGACAAGGAGAUCAGCGACCUGAAAAUGUCGGUGAACACCAGAGGGAGGCUGGUGGCUACAGAGUUCCUGAAGCAGUUCCUUUGAUCAUUACCGAAUUUCUGUUCUGGAUUCCACCGACGCCACUCAACUUGAUCCUCACAAGCAUGCAGCCUUUUUCAAGCUCAGAAUAAUUGAGGAGAAUGAUGAUAAUCAAAUCAUUCUGUUCUGUUUUGGUUGGUGAUUGGUCCAGAUGUAUGAUCAGAUCAGGUGAGCAACUUGGACCUACAGAGGCCCUUUAUUUUUUUCUUUCUCUUGGUACAAUAAUAAUAGUGAAAGGUUUGGUUCGUGUCGACUGACCAGACAAAUUGUGUUGUGUUGUCACAUAUACAAUUGUCUGCUGUAACGUACCAGAUUAUGCGUUUACUAUUUAAUUAACCCGCUGGAAAAUGCCACGUGUACUGCUGAUUGCAUGUUGAUUAGUUGUUUAACUGUUAAUUAUUCCUUCUUUUGUCUGCUUCGCAUUUUAAUAGAGAGAAAAAGGGAGUUGCUCUGAGAAGUCUGAGACGUGUGUGAUCUCUCUGGGAAAAAUCCUCCUGAGCCCCUUUACGGCAUUUCUUGAUUCGUAAUUUUGUUAUGUUAGUUACGAUGAUUUCUUUGUAAUUAAAUAUGAGUUAAGCAGAGUUUUCAGGUCAGUUUUUCACUUUUUUUACCCAAUCGAUAUACAGUUUUAGUUAGGGUGCAUAUGUGGGGUGGUUCAUUUGUGGUUUGAUAUUGAUUCACUUGAUAAUGACCCAUAUCGUAGUGAAGAGGAAAUUGAUGUGGGUGGAUUGUGGAUUGGUGAUACUUCUAUAUACACUUAUUCGUGUUGGUGAUGGAUGGGUUGCCCGUCAUUCGGAG